GCGACCCGGGCCAGAUAAUCGAAUCCCCUCAUUCUAUUGAAGUACUUCUGAAAUGUUGAAUGGCGUCCUUGUCAUUUCUAGCUAGCGACUACUAGUAGCUAAUUUACGCACUGCGAGGGGAUUUACAAGCAACACAUGUUACUUUUUUCCAAUGCAUCAUAGUCCUUGGGGUGUGUGAGUGGAAGGGGGUGCGGCUGCCACAGUUCCAGAAGUGGGAGAGAGAAAGGCCUUUGAACCCCAGAGAGGCACAAUCUGCCGCAUAGACCGGUAUUAUCGUGAUGUCAGAGGAAGACAGUAAACCCGGCCAGGCUCUGGAGGCCAAGGCAGAGCCAGUGGCACCCAGUGGCCAGGGACCUGCUUCCGUGUCCACAACUGUGUCGGGGCCCCCUACCCCCACCGAGGAUGAGGAUGAGAGCGAAGACGAGUCUGAGAUCCUGGAGGAGAGCCCUUGCGGCCGCUGGCAGAAACGCAGGGAGGAGGUGAACCAGCGGAACGUCCCAGGGAUAGACGCUGCCUACCUGGCCAUGGACACGGAGGAGGGGGUGGAAGUGGUCUGGAACGAGGUCAUGUUCUCUGAGAGGAAAAACUUCAAGCUGCAGGAGGAGAAGGUGAAGUCUGUGUUUGACAACUUGAUUCAGCUGGAGCAUCUCAACAUUGUUAAGUUUCACAAGUACUGGGCUGACAUCAAUGACAUCAACCGUGCCAGGGUGAUUUUCAUCACAGAGUACAUGUCCUCAGGAAGUCUGAAGCAGUUUCUGAAGAAGACUAAGAAGAACCACAAGACCAUGAAUGAAAAGGCCUGGAAGAGAUGGUGCACCCAGAUCCUCUCAGCGCUCAGUUACCUCCACUCCUGUGAGCCGGCCAUCAUUCAUGGGAACCUGACCUGUGACACAAUCUUCAUCCAGCACAAUGGACUCAUCAAGAUAGGAUCAGUGGCUCCAGACACCAUCAACAACCAUGUGAAGACCUGCAGAGAGGAACAGAAGAACCUGCACUUCUUCGCUCCUGAAUAUGGAGCUGUUGCAGAUGUCACUACUGCAGUGGAUAUCUAUUCCUUUGGGAUGUGUGCCCUGGAGAUGGCAGUGUUGGAGAUCCAGGGGAAUGGAGAAUCUUCCUACGUCUCUCAGGAGGCCAUCAACAAUGCCAUACAGUCACUGGAAGACCCACUGCAGAGGGAGUUUAUUCAGAAGUGUCUGGAGGCUGACAUGUUUAAGAGGCCUACAGCCAGAGAGCUGCUGUUCCACCAGGCUCUGUUUGAGGUGCCCCUGUUGAAGCUGCUAGCUGCACACUGCAUUGUCAGCCACCAGCAUAUGAUCCCUGAGAAUGCCUUAGAGGAGAUCACGAAGAACAUGGACCCCAACCUCAUCAUCGCUGAGAUAAAGGAGGGCGUGCAGCUCAAGCUGUCUCAGUUUCCUGCCCUGGAGCUGGAUAAGUUCCUGGAGGAUGUGAGGAACGGUAUCUACCCCCUGACAGCGUUCGGUCUGCCCUCUCGCCAGCAGCCCCAGCAAUCCCCUGUCAAAUCCCCCAUUGUCACCCCCUCUGUAAAAUCCCCUACCCCAGAACCUUCGGAACUGGAGACACGCAAGGUUGUUCAGAUGCAGUGUAAUAUUGAGCCAGUGGAGGAGGGUGCAAAACAUCAUCUGACACUACUGUUGAAGCUGGAGGACAAACUGAACAGACACUUAAGCUGUGACUUGUUACCCAAUGAGAAUGUAAAGGAACUGGCUGUUGAGCUGGUCCAACUGGGCUUUAUCAGCGAGGUAAGUGUGUGUAGGUGUUCUGUGGCAGAGCAGUGUAAGUGUUGUAUAUGGCAGAGGAGAGGCAGUGAGAGUGGAUUAUUGUCCAUGAUGAGCAUCCCGCUCUGCUUGACCCCUAUAAACACACACAAUCACAGGCAGUGUGUGCACAUGUCAGAUUGCAGCUCCUGCCCUCUAUUCUACAGAUAGGGCUGUCUUUUUUUUAUUUGAUAGAUUCUCUCACUAUGUACCUAUAGCUCUGGAGAACGAUGUACAUAAUAUAUUCUACCCCCCCAACUCUUGACUCUUCUGUGUGGGCUCCCUCUAUACGUAAUGUGAUUGAUUGUCCUUACAGGUGGACCAAAGCAGGAUGGCCACUGUACUAGAAGAGGCCUUCACCAAGUUCUUCAGCAGGAACGAUUCCCUCAACCCCGUCACUGUGUCCUCAUAACAGGAUCACCACGGACCCCAACUCCAGUACCUCUAUAUAUGCCUACAGGUACCUCCGUAGGUGGUUUGAAAUCGGAUACAAAUCUAAUAUCUAGCCGUGCGACUUGUCUGAACAGUCAAAUCUGAUUUAUUUUCCCUCAAAUAGUUUUUACUGUUAUUUGGCUUAUGUUGUUGCUUGAUAGCUUCUCUGUUGACAGUUUGACAAGAACAUGUGGUAGCUACCUAGCUUUUGUUAAUUGUUUACAAACGAUUGGGUGUGCUAGAGAGCUAAACUGCUAGCUAGUUGAUUGAUUGCUGUGGCUAGCCAAAAUGGCACUUGUUUUGAAAGUUUGGUCAUCUCAUCCUUUUGAGGCUUUAAAGGUGUUUCUUAAUUAACUCUGAUUUUGAACAUUUAAAGCAACUGGGAAAUGUCUAUGCCAGGCAUUGUUACCUUAGCUAACUACAUAAGUGAUGGGUAGUACCGCCAUCAGCUUACACCACACCCCCGUCGUUAAUGACAACUAGUGUAGCCCUGUCAGCAAUGACUGCUGUCUGAACACCCAUUCAUCUGAUUUGGUCAGACGGGAGAAAUACUCCAGACAUAGCAGACCCUAGCCCCCCGACAAACUAUUGCAGCAUAAAUACUGGAGGCUGAGACAGGAGGGGCCGGGAGACACUGGCCCCAUCCAACGAUACCUCCGGAUGGGGCCAAACAGGCAGGA